ACUUUCCCGCCACACGAGCGAAUGUUACCCUAGCCGGACUUCUCUCACUAUGAAGCUGGUCAAGCUGGAAGUCAGGCAGACAGUGGACUUGAAUGUUUUUGUCUGAACAUUUGAUUCUUCAUUAGGUCCAGGGCUAGAAAAUCUAUCCUGUCGCUUAAUGUCUGUAAACACAGAAUAGAUCUAGAUCUAGAUCUACACAAUGUCAACAGAUAAUGUGAAACAUUUUCGUAAAAGAAAUCUGUUUUCUGUCUUUGUUGGACAUUUGCACGAGGAUGUGAGCAAGAGCGAUGUCUAUAAGCUGUUCAGUGGAUGUGGUGAAAUUGUUGACUAUUGUAUACUUGAAGAUGGAAGUGGAAAGAGUAGAUCAUACAAAUAUGGGUUUGUUCGCUACGCUUUUCGAGAAGAAGCUAUGCGAGCUCUCAAAGAACUAAAUGGCUGGACUCUCAUGAAUGUGCGCAUUGUCGUAGAUGUUGCUAAAGAUACAGUUGACUUGAUGAAAAAAGCAGAAGAACCUGCCUCUGGACCGGACCUCCUGCACUUAGAUCCUCAUGACGGUCCUGAAAAGGAUACUACUCCAAGCUGUUUGGAUAAGAUCAUCAACUUGAGCAGGGUGAAGGAGGCUUGCCAUAUGAUGGAUGUGGACAGGCCUGUUCAUAAAGGUGCAAUACGGGCCUUACAACUGAUUGACACGGUCGAGAUGACAGGAGGAGCAGAGAAUUUGCGUGUGCACUGCCGUCCAGUAUCCAGCAGGACUCAGCUGAGCAUGAAACGCGUGUCUUGUGAAUUGUCUAAAUGGGAGCAAGAUAAAGGCAUAGAUAAUUGUCAGCUGUCCAAGAUGUUUCUAGCAAAAUCUAUGGAAAUUUCUGAGACGGUGUCAAGAUUACUGGACUCUGAAUCUAGUGAACUGGUGAACAGUAGCAGCAAAAAAUUACGUGACGGUGAUUUGGAUCUACCAACAGCCACUGUUGAUGGCAGCAAGAAAAUGCAACAGAGUAAACUGAAGAGCAGUGCAGACUCUGCUCAAGAGGAGGCUUGCAGAUUUCUGGAAUUGCCAAAGUGUAUUGGAUAUUCCCUUGAGAAUUCACCUCAGGCCAAGUCCUCUUCUAAUUCCAUUCUACAAUCAUCAGCUGUGUGUGGGAAAACUGUCAGUGAUGUAGCAGAAUUAACAGGGGGGAGGAAUGAACUUAAUACACGGAAGGAAAAAAGCUACACUGAGAGAUACAGCUGCCCCACAGGAAGUCAAAACUUCUGUGAACAGAAGAGUCAGAGAGGCAGUACCUCGAAGAGAAGUUUGAAAGUCGGGGGGAAAAAGAGUCCUCAGGGUCUCUCCCCUAAGAAAAAUCCCAAGGGAAUCGAUGAGCAGAGCAUAGUGCCGUCAAAGAGUGUUCCAUCUCCUCUUUCCGAGUUUGACAGUGGGAGAGCGUCUUCUUCAGAUGUAAAUGAUGAGAUAGGUUCUAAGCCACGUCGCAGUCUGUCUGAUGUAAGCUCAGAUGGAAACGAUGAAGCUUCGAAGCCUGUGGUCGCGGGUGAAACGCUUCUUAGUCUAGGUCGAGCUUUGAGAGAAAAGAUGAAAUGUAGAGAGGAGUUGUGCCCUGUUGUGGACGUCAGAGUCUGUGGACCUCUACCGUCACCUGGUAAAAAGCAUAGUAAUAAUGGUAUGUUGAAAAACUGGAUGGGUGGACUUGGUAAACAAAAUGGUGUUAACAGAAGGAUUCUUAAUGAAAGUGAGGAAGAUGUCGAGUGGGAUUCCCCUAGGCUUGGAAACAGGAAAGAGGCCAUAAGGAUGGCUUCGGAGUUGUUCUGCCAGUCUCUGGCUAAUGACUACCCCGCCGAUACUGUUUCCUCUUCCUCUUUUGUUAAUGGAGGAACUGAAACAUCAUCUGAAAAGGAACAUUCGGCAGAAUGUCAACUUUCUGUAAAAAAUAAUGAUGAUGAUUCUAAGGUGCGAGUUGGUAUGAAGUCUUUGCUAGACGACUCAAGCCCACUUAAAUUGCAGACAUCUGCACUCAAGUCCUCCAAGCUAGCAGCUUUGUUGAAGAGAAGUCAGAGUGAGCAGCUGCCUUCAAUUAUUCGGAGUUGAGACAGAUUGUUGGUCUUCCUUCUCAUCUUGUUGGUUUUUGUUAUCUUGUAAAUUACUGCAGGGCUCAAAUACAGUCAGUACUGUAAAUAUAGAUGUUUGUUACAAGAAAUGUCGCCAUGCUCAUAAGAUAAAUGUCUAUGUCAUUUUUAGCCAUUUUGAGAAAAUGAGUAAAAACUUUCUUUCGAUGCCCCACCAGGGCAGUGCUACUGACUGAAGUUGUCUUUUGGUCAUUCCCAAAGUUCUUAUGCACA